GUUUCGCUUCGAUACACUUCCAAAUUUCUGUGGUAAAAUUUUACAAAAAAAAUUAAUUACAAAAUUUAUUUUUUCAGAUCUAAUUUCGGUUAAACCUUGUAAAAUCCAACCAUGUGCUCUCCGUGCGGUCCCUGCAGUCCCUGUGAUCCUUGCUGCGGUCCUUUCGAGUGCUCGCCCAAGUGCUACAAUGCAGCUCAGCUGGAGGCGCUGCCACAAUGUGCUCCUCGUAUUCCGCCGCCGUUUCCCAAAUGUAUCACCGUCCAACAGCCGCCGCGAAUGAUCUGCAAGAAGCGAGUGGUCUUUACGGAGAAGAUAGUGCCGGAACCGAUGGUUGUGAAUAGAUGUCGACAGAUCACAAUACCAAAGGUGGUGGAUGCCACGAGGGUCAUCAAGGUGCCCAAGCUGAUAUGGGUGUCGCAGAUGGUGCGGGAACCCAGAGUCAUCUACUAUCCGUCUAUGAUCCCCGAUCCCUAUGUGGUGUGCUAUCCCAAGCGGGUGUGCGAACCCCGUGAGGUGUGUCAGUCGAUCCUGUGCCAGCCGAAGCCGCAGACCAUCGAUAUUCCCCCAAGGGAGUACUGUUGCUAUCCCAAUGGACCCAUCAACUACAAACCCAGUGCCGCCUCACCCUGCCCCAUUGGACCCUGUGCUCCUGGAGGACCCUGCUGCCCGCUGCCCUGCUUUUCCACCUGUCAAUACCCAGUCGCUGAGGGCAGAUGCGGACCUUGUGGACCCUGUGGACCCGGAUGCGGACCUUGCGGACCAGGAUGCGGUCCCUGCGGACCUUGUGGACCAUUUGGUCCAGGCUGUGGUCCUUGUGGACCGUGUGGACCCUGUGGACCUGGACCUUGUGGCUUCGGCCCUUGUGGUCCUUGCUAGGCGAGGAAGCAAUUGGAUAAAUUCUCAACGUCUACCAAAGAAAUCCCGUGAUGCACCUACGUUUUGGAAGUCCGUAUCCGAACUCAAAUAUAUUCCAGUCCAAAAUAGACUUUGCAAGUUUCGUAUAUUAAAGAAAUGCGU